UCUAUCAUGAUAUGAAUUGUAUGAAUGAGUAAUUUUGAUUCUGAGAGAACUACUGUUGGUCUGUCCAAUCUAAGCAAAUUUACGUGCAUCAUUAUUAUAAUGUUUGCUGAUGGGAUCCGCAUCAUGUUCAUAUCUUAGACUAUCCUUUUUCAAUUUCUCACUCUCAAAGGAAUAAACUUGUUUUAAACAGUCUGCAGUAUAACUUUAGUGUUACAUAUUUUCAGAUGGCAACAUGCAGUUAAUGAGGGAUGAUGUUUAAAAACUAAAAACAUUUCCCUUCUUCCCCCAACCCACACAAGCCUUGUGCAACUUUGGACAAGAAGACCUUCACGAGCCUUCUACUUGUGCUAUGGCAAUUUUGGAAUGUGUGGAACAUGGAGCUGGUCCAAGGUACCCCAAGAUGCUCUGAUUUGGGCAAGGACUCUCCAAAAAUUAACCUCACUCAUGGACCUAUGCUGCCCAUUAGGCCAAGGACUGCCAAGUGGAAGCACCUAGAGAUACGAAACUGAAGGUCAAUAUGGAUGCAUGACGGAUGGCAGAUGAGCGGAAGGCUGCUUAUGGUGUCGUCGUUGGAGGCAUGGAAAAGGACCGUGUUGAUCAAAUGUAGAGGUUCCUCCAUGCUAAAAGCAAGGACUUGACACCAUUGAGCUUGGUACCCAUAUGGAUGAUGAUGAUGAGGGUGGAAUUGUGGGGCUCCCUUCUCUCAUCAUCCGAAAGAGUAGAUGCCAGGAUAGGGUUAGUUUGAAGGAGACAACCCAUACCGUUGUAAACUCACACUUCUGUUUCCAAUGUGCCCAUAUCGCUCUCUUUCGUGUCUUGUGUUGCCUUAGAUGUUUUCACGUACGCAACCCUCCUCCAUUUAGCUAGGUGUUCUGGAUAUUUUAUGAGCUACGAGCAUGGCUCUUACUUUAAGAUUUGGUGUUUCUUUUUUAGCUUCUUGGCUUGUAUCCUUCAUCAUUAUUGAAUGAAAUCCGUCUUUUUAAGUGAGAAAUGGGUUUUUUUUCCUGAUUAAAAAUUACAUUAUAUAAAAUUGACUUCAAGUAAUGCAAAAAAAGAAUGCAUUUCUAAUUGGACAGCAAAUAGACUUGUCAAUGGCUUUGCAGAAUGCUGAGGGGUAAGUUUUUCUUAACUCUGAUAUUGAAUUUUUGCAUGGAACACAUUUAUCCAGUGAGGUGGAGGUAUUGAGAAGUAUUCGUUUAAUAGAAAUCACAAUGUGAAUGCUCAACUUUGUAGCGAUUGGUGUAUACUGAGGCUAGGUGAUGAAGCUGUAUUGCUUUCACACUAUGUGGUGUCGGAUAGGAAUAGGAUGCCAUUGUUUUGAUCGUAGCAGUUUUAACUGCUUCUUGGAUAAUAAAAUUAUAUCUUAUCCAAAAAAAAAUUGGACAAUACAAUAUUGGGCCAGUACCAUGAAUGCGUUUCUGAAUAAUGAAUUUCGGUGCCGAAGCCUCAAAUCCACAAAGAAAGGGAAAGAAAAGCCCAGAAGAAAAGGAGCUUUUGGUUUUGCUGGCUAUUUCUUUGAUUCGAAAACAGCGGCACCCUCUGUCGGCUUCAUUGUUUUUCCCGCAACUCUACGAUGCAUCCUAAUCCGUAAAUUCAGUUAUCUACUCCCCAAAAUGAGUUGAAGAAUACUUCUAUUGUGGGAGUGGAGAUGGCGAGGAGAUCUCCCAACUUUUUCCUAAGGAAGCACCGAAAAUGGCCGCUUAUUUCCUCUCACAAAACUAAAUGGCGCCAAGCUUUCACCCAAAAUCAACCCAUGGUAUCCUUCAAACAACUCGUUGCCCGGCAUAACCCUCUUCAACCUGACUUUGUCCCCUCUCUCUUACAGUCUCUUAGCCUCUACAACCUUCACCAAUCCCCUCAAGCCUAUCAUUUUCUCAUCAAAACCUUGCUCCAUAAUAGACAAUUCCACCACAUUCCUUCCCUGCUCCAUCACCUCCAACUCCAACACUUUCAAACACCCGAGUACAUUUUUACCCACCUCGUCAAAUUCUAUGGCAACGCUAAUAGAAUCCAGGACGCGGUUGAUAUUUUCUACCGAAUACCCCAAUUCAGGUGCUUCCCUUCAGCUUAUUCUCUCAAUGCUUUACUCGCACUUCUUUGUAGAAGUCAACGUGGCCUUAAGCUACUCCCUCAGGUUCUCUUAAACAGUCUGCAAAUGAACAUAAGGCUCGAAGAAUCUACUUUCCGUCUACUAGUUUGCACUCUUUGUAGAAUGAACAAGGUUGCUUAUGCUAUAGAGAUUCUACAACGUAUGUUAGACGAUGGACUUGGUGUCAAUGAUAAAGUUUUCUCUUUUGUGCUGUCAUCAGUUUGUGCUGAGGGUGAUUUGGAUGGUGAAGACGUUAUUGGUUUUUGGAGGGGAUUGCGAAAGCUUGGGUUUUCUCCCGCCAUGGGUGACUAUGAUGGCGUGGUUAGGUUUUUGGUGAAAAAAGGGAGAGGCUUGGAUGCUUGGGAUGUUCUAAAUCAAAUGAAAUCCGAUGGAAUAAAGCCCGGAAUUAUAUCUUACACUAUGGUCUUAAAUGGGGUAACUGCUGAAGGAGAUUACAUAUUGGCAGAUGAGCUGUUUGAUGAAUUGCUUAUGUUGGGUUUGGUUCCGAAUGUUUAUACUUAUAAAGCCUAUAUAGACGCUUUAUGCAAGCAAAAUAAAGUUGAAGAGGGUAUCAAGAUGGUAGCCUGUAUGGAGGAGUUAGGGUGCAAACCUAAUGUUCUCAUUUAUAAUACGUUAUUGAGGACAAUUUCUAAGGCUGGUGAGAUAAGUAGAGCUAGGGAGCUUGUUAAAGAGAUGAAAUAUAAGGGCAUUGAAAUGAAUUGGGUUUCAUAUACGAUAAUAAUUGAUGGUUUGGUAAGUAAUGGUGAAAUUCUUGAAGCAUGUGCCUUGGUGGAGGAAGUGUUGCACAAGUGUAUUUUCAUCAAGAGUUUGACAUUUGAUGAGGUAAUCUGUGGCCUAUGCCAAAGAGGAUUAGUCUGCAAGGCACUGGAAUUGCUUGGGAAAAUGGUUGAAAGGAGUAUUUCUCCCGGGGCUAGGGUUUGGGAAGCACUUCUUCUUAGCUCUGAAUCCAGACCCAAAUUUCAUUUGGUAAAUCCACUUUGAAUAAUGCUGCAAGUUAGAGAGGUCUAUCAACCUUGUGUUUUCGGAAUCAAAGACCAUUUCUUAGACCUUUCACUUUUGUUCCUUAAAGAAGGGUGAGAGUGAGAAAGACUUGCAGUAGACGCAAAGAGAGACGAGCAAAACAAAAUUCUUAGUGGUUCAUAGUUGGUUCUGGUACAGAUGUAUCUUUUGACUUUAGAACAAAGAAACAGAGAAGUAAACAAAAGAUUAAGUGGAAGAAAAUGGCCCUCUCCCAGACUACUAGUAGUAAGUUCCAUUUCCUUACCAGUAGCUGGGGAUUGUAGAACCCUUACCUCAUUGAAAAAAGUAAUGUUCCUGUCCAGGAAGAGCAUACAGCAGACAACAAGUGGAGUAUAAAUGAACCUCAGGUUUGGACUAAGGAGUUUAGCUUUGCUAAUUUCUUUUUUCCUUUCAGGAUUAAUUCUUCAAGUCUGAACAUCUUAUGUAAUGUAUUUUUUUGCAAUUGCUUAUCUUGGUUUGUUAUCUGAAACCAAACAUGUAUUAGAUGGAAUAUGGCAGCUGUAAAGUAAACACCUGGGUUGAUAUGUGGCCAUUCUCUUUUGACAAGUGAUUAUAAUUUUUACAUUUUGUCUGGUUGAGUUAGAAAAAAUACCAUCUAAUCGUGAAAAUGAAAAGAUGGGAGUGGGUCGGAGAAAACAAGAUUCUGGUGAGUUGUGCACCAAACCAAAUCUGAUGAAGGGGUAUUAAGAGAGCAGCAGCAGUAAUAUUGUAUCCAUUCAUAACUUUCAAUAUUCUGAUUCGCCACCAUUUGGGUGAUAAAAUUGGUUUCGAAUGGAAAUGCAGUAGAAUUAUCAGAAGUCCUGGUAGAGUUACCUUCGGAAUGGUUCCAAUGCCUGAGGAUGGGAUCUGCCUCUUCAUUUGUGGUAGCUGCUGCAACAAUAGCAGAAGUAUAUUCCAUUGUCAGUCCUGCGAAGGAGUAUGAAAGUAACUCAUAAAUCGACAUUGAAUCAGAGGAUCCUAUAUACUUAAUGAUAGAGCUAAUUAUUCCAGCCAACAAAGUAAACCAUUAGAGAAAAUAUUUUCUUUUGUAAAAAGAUCUGAACAGAGGAAAUUUUAGUAUGCACCUGUUUAGAGAUGGCUUUUGUAUGCCUUUUUGGACGACAUUAGUGUCGCUUAUCUGUUUGUUCGAGUUUCUUUUGUGUUUUUGCUUGCAACACCUAUAGGCUUUGCUUCGGGAACAUUUAUAUUCAUAUUAAAUCGUCUUUUAAAGUCAAUAAAUGUAUCCAAUGCACUCGUGCUCGUUCCCAACCCUC